CUUUGUCCUGCAGCCUCCCAGGGAGGCAUGAGGUGUUAUCCACUGAACCCUCUUGCCGUAUGCGCCUGGAGACGUCUGCCCUGGCCAGAGCGACCUGACGGGGCCCUGGGAAGACACGGCCGAGGCCUCCGUGACUGGCGCGAAGCACCAAUGCCGAGCACAAGAUGAGAGAUGGGGGGAUGGAGUGAGCAGUGGCGUCGCGGUAACCCCAGAUGUGGGGUGAGCACCACGGGUGAGGAUGGCCUGUCGUGACAUCCCCCAGGUGGACGGCGAUGUCCCUGAGUGAUGGGUUCUGAUGUGACCGAGGGACGGACUAUGACGUCCCCGAGCGAUGGAUUCUGAUGUGACCGAGGGACGGACUAUGACGUCCCCGAGCGAUGGAUUGUGACCACGCGUCCCUCGCUGCUUAUUUUCGGGCGCCGAGUCUCAGCCAGCCGGCUCGUGCCUGCACUCCAGCUGAGCGAGGUCGCGAGGUUUGGAGCAUCGAGCGAGGCCUUUGGUGCUGGUGUUGGGCUUGGGCAGUUGCUUUUUGCAGCUCUCCGUGUCCAACCUCAGAGCCAUCCGAGGAUUUUCCCCAGCCCUGCCAGGUUCAGGCAGCCGGGGCACCAAGGAGGUGCGCUCGCAGCAGCAGAGCGUGACACCCGCUGCUGCAGCGCCGGUGACAGGGAGCAGCUCAACAUCCCCAGCUCCCCCCAGUCCACCGCAGCACGUGGAGAGCAUGGCCACGGAGCUGGAGAACCGCUGUCCAAUAUGCCUGGACAGCUGGGAGGAGGCCAGCUACGUGAUGCCAUGCCUCCACCCGUUCUGCUACCCAUGCAUCCUGCGGUGGGCUGAGAGCAAGCCCGAGUGCCCCCUCUGCAAGAGGAAGGUCACCUCCAUCUUGCACUCGGUGCAGGCGGACAACAACUUCAAGGAGCACGUUCUCACACCAUCUGCAGUACCAUCAGUUGUCAUCCACGUGACAGGAGGUGCUCCUGGCCGUCCAGCUGCAGCAUCCCAGCCAUCAGUGCUCAUCACUGCACAGCCGCUGCCCAGGGCUCCUGUGGGCGGCCUCCAUCCCCACGUCUGGGCGUUCCUCUUCCGAGAGGACCCAGCUCUGCUCCGGCCCGUGAUGCUCUGGCUGCGACAGGAGCUGUGGCUGUUCUUCGAAGGUGGCCGCUGGGAAACAGCAGCAGUGCAGAGGCUCGUCCUGUCCAGCCUGCACCUCUUCGGCCUGGACGAGGAAACCCUGUUCCAGCUGCUGCGGGGGGCCCUGGGCAGGUACACAAGGACCUUCGUGCGCCAGCUGAUCGACACCAUCGUGGAGCGGUGCGGCGGGGAGGCACGACACCGUAUGGGCCUGGAGGAUGCCCGUGCUGCUGAGGAGUGGGAGGGCAGCUCUGCGGCUGCCCCCAGCCCCGCUGCCUCCCAAAGGGGGCCUCCUGCCCCCAGCCCAGCCCUCUCCAGCAGCCCUGACACAUCUGAGGCAGAAGAGCUCCCCAGCACCUCGUCGGCUGCCCUUCGUGGGGGUCCUGGCAGCCCUCCGUCUGCCCCUGUUCCCACCCACAGGGAGCAAGGAGAGCCACAGGAGGACCCAGGGGAGGCUGUGCCCGGGCCCUCCACUCCCAGCUGGGGCAGCGAACACUCCCCUGGGGGACCCCGGAGAGCCCCAAAGAGGAGGGCUGGCAGCCCUCAGGCCACGUCACCUCCGGACAAGAGGCCACCCCACCGGCAGCGGUAG